ACCAGCACCGCCGCCAUCCCCACCGCCAUCCUCCUCCUCCUCCUCCCCCCCGGUGCCGAGCACCCGCCUCCUCCUGCCGCCGCUUCCGCUCUCCGCGGUGCGUGGCGAGGGGGAGGGCGGGGAGGCACCGCCCCGGCCCCGCAGCCCCCACCGGAGCUCCGGGGCCGCCGGUACCCGCUGCCGCCCGGGCGUGGGGACGACCCUGAGGCUGCGGAGGGGUGCUGAGCCCCGCUGGGCCAGCCCAGGGCCCUCUCCCCGCUUCCCUCCGAGCCGCUUCCCCGCCCCGGGCUGCCCGCGGGCUUGAACCUCCUGUCGCUCCCUGGGGACGAUGGAGCGCUCAGCAGAUGCACCGGGGGUCCUGGAAGGCUCUGGCAUUGGCUCACAGAAAGACAGAGUGGUGACCGAAGGGGAAUGGCUGCGAAAAUGGGAGACGGGGAACAUCGGGUUUCACAAGGAGCGAGGGCAUCCGCUUCUACAGAAGUACCUGGAUGUUCUUUUAAAUGGCAGGACUGGACUGAGGAUAUUUUUCCCACUUUGUGGCAAAGCAGUAGAGAUGAAAUGGCUGGCAGACAUGGGACACAGCGUUGUCGGUGUGGAAGUCAGCGAGCAGGCGCUGAAGGAGUUUUUUGCAGAACAUGGGCUCCCGUGUCGUGAGGAGCCAGUCCCAGAGAUUCCGGGAGCAAAAAAGUGGCAGAGUACCUCUGGGAACAUUUCACUGUACUGCUGCAGUAUUUACAACUUGUCCAGCUCGAUAGUUGGCAAGUUUGAUGGGGUUUGGGACAGAGGAGCUCUAGUAGCUGUGAAUCCGUGCGACAGACAACGGAGUAAUCUACACAAGUUCUUCUCUACCACAAGCAUCAGCUGCAGUUGCAGAGUGCUGUGCUCUAGACUUGUGAACUUCCUUCAGGAAGCCACCCUGCCUCUUGGGGGGAAAAAGUGUGGUUUGUUGCAACCCAACAGAAGCAGAGCUGCAAGUCUCAUCUGAAUUUUAUUAUUUCCUCUUUUCCCAUCUGCUUUUCCUCUCUUUGUUCUUUUUCCCCUCACUUCCCUUUUUUUCAGGGUUUUUUUUUUCUUGCCUACAGCCAACCCAAAUGUAGUUCAACCAUACCCCCAGGAUUUUUUCAUUAGAUACAUAAUCUUGAACUCACAAUGAUUUUAAAAGAUCAGUACUGUGUUGUGUGCUUUAUUCUAGAACAUGGCAGAUGAAUACUGUUUUGUCUGUUAGUUUUGAGAUUAAUAUGCAAAAAAAAAAUCAAAAAGGCUGCUGUUUAUGAGGAGUAAACAGUAGCCUUGAUUUGAGGUGUUGCAGGUGCAGCAUGAAUUUCAUGCUGAUGAAAUUCAAGCUAACCUUUGCUUAGUUUCUGUGUCGUUCAGUUCAAAUUGUCUCUGCAGAGAAGUGUCACCUCUUGUGUUGAAUACUUUGAAUGCUAUGCUUGAAUCUUUGUAGAGUUCCAAAACAAUGAAGUGUAACU